GGAGUGCGCAUGCUCAGUGUAGUAGCCGGUUAUGGCGGCGGUGUGUGUUUGUCCAUGAGGUGGGGGACGCCAGAUAUUCUCACGGUCUGAGAGAGAGAGAGAGAGAGAGCGACCUCAACGAAACGCUGCCAUGGCCGGGGUGUUUGACAUUGAUUUGGACCAGCCGGAGGAAAAUGUCUCCGACGAUGAGAUUGAGGAGGCGCAAAUCAAUGACUUCAUGGACCAGUGCAGUGGAUUUGAGUUCAACAUGGAUGACUGUGAGAAGAUCGAGAUAUCAGAGGACAAUGUGAACCAAGGGACAGAGAGCAUCAGACCUGAGUGCUUUGAGCUGCUGCGAGUGCUGGGGAAAGGUGGAUAUGGAAAGGUUUUUCAGGUUCGAAAAGUUGUUGGAGCUGCAUCAGGCAAAAUAUUUGCCAUGAAAGUUUUAAAGAAGGCUAUGAUUGUACGCAACGCAAAGGACACAGCCCACACCAAGGCUGAGCGGAACAUUCUUGAAGAGGUGAAGCAUCCCUUCAUAGUGGAUCUCAUCUACGCCUUCCAGACGGGGGGCAAGCUGUACCUCAUCCUGGAGUACCUGAGCGGAGGGGAGCUUUUCAUGCAGCUUGAGAGGGAGGGCAUCUUCAUGGAGGACACAGCUUGCUUCUACCUGGCAGAGAUCUCCAUGGCUCUUGGCCACCUGCAUCAAAAGGGCAUCAUCUACAGAGACCUGAAGCCGGAGAAUAUCAUGCUCAACAACCAAGGUCAUGUGAAGCUGACAGACUUUGGGCUGUGUAAAGAGUCCAUUCACGACGGCACAGUCACCCAUACAUUCUGUGGCACCAUCGAGUACAUGGCGCCAGAGAUCUUGAUGAGAAGCGGACACAACAGAGCAGUGGACUGGUGGAGCCUGGGAGCUCUGAUGUACGACAUGCUCACGGGAGCGCCACCGUUCACCGGCGAAAACCGUAAAAAGACCAUCGACAAGAUCUUGAAAUGCAAGCUCAACCUCCCGCCCUACCUCACACAAGAAGCUCGAGAUCUCCUGAAACGGUUGCUGAAGAGGAAUGCCUCGUCGCGGCUUGGAGCAGGGGCAGGAGAUGCCACAGAGGUGCAGGCUCAUCCCUUCUUUCGACACAUCAACUGGGAGGAUUUGCUGGCCAGGAAAGUGGAGCCUCCCUUCAAGCCUUUCUUGCAAUCAGCUGAAGACGUGAGUCAGUUUGACUCGAAGUUCACCAGUCAGACACCAGUUGACAGCCCAGAUGACUCAACUCUUAGUGAGAGUGCCAAUCAAGCCUUCCUGGGUUUCACGUACGUCGCUCCAUCGGUCCUGGAAAACAUCAAAGAGAAGUUCUCGUUUGAGCCAAAAAUCCGCUCACCUCGUCGAUAUGUGGGAAGCCCAAGAACACCUCUCAGCCCCGUCAAAUUCGCAGGGGGCGAGUGCUGGUCCCGGAGCCCCCUCGUCCCUGGCGGAGGACCCGGCCCCCUCCAGUCUCCUCAGGAGCAGGCCAUGGAGCUGUCCACUCCUGAGCAGAUGGACGUCACAACCAGCUCCGAGGCCUCUGCCCCCCUACCCAUCCGUCAGCCUGCCGGGGGCAACCUGGCUCAGAUGAAGCAGCAAGCCUAUCCCGUCGUGGCCAAACGGCCCGAACAUCUACGGAUGAACCUAUGACCCACCACGCCUCUUUAGGAGUUUAUUUCUUGACUUCUUUUUUCCUUUGUUGAUAUUUCUCUUCUUUUUUUAUUAAGAAAAAAGAGCAAAAAGAUAUGGACGCUAGAGACAAUGAAACUCUUAAAUUGCACAUCAACACACAACAUUUACCAUCACUACUGGAGUUUGUGUGUGGGUCUGGCGCUCCAGCCCGCUGCAACCGAGCGCCACCGCCGCCGACAGCACCAUCACCACCGCCACCACUUCUCCACUUCCUCCACCUCAGGUCUCACGACCUUCGUCUUCUGAUCCUCGACCCCCAGCUGAACUGGACUCGCAGGACUGGACUUCCUUCGGGGAACCGCAGCCUUUGUAUGACAGUGUCAUACUAUGAAAUGAAUGGCGAUAAUGUAUCACACAGUAUGCAACCAAUUUUCACUAAAAUGCAGUCAAUCAGUCUGCUGUAUGAGAUGACAUCCAAAGUGCUUUGUGCUGUCUGAAUGAACGCCAGAGAGGAAAUUGCUUCCAUGUAACGGUUGGGAGAUUUUGACAGUACUUCUUGACAAAAAAAAAUGCCUCCUGGCUCUGAAUGGAAAAAAAAAAUGAAUUAUUUGAAAGAGAAAAAAGAAAUCAUCAUUGGGAGCAGCUGACAAGCAGAGGUUCUGGUAUUUAAUAUAGCUUUAUGUCUUACGAUGUUUUACAAAAUGGAUGCAUCAACUAUGCUAUAAAUCAAUGAUGAAUCAAAGAGCAUAAAUAAAAAACAGAUGUUGACUUUUUA